AUGGCUCCAGAAGCGGCGCGAGAGCGCGAGAUGCACAGGUACUACCAGCCAUGGCUCGAAACCUUCAUGUCAACCGACUUUGAACCUGCCUCGAACUUUCCUCCCUCUGCUGAUCAGCCCGAGGGCCAUCGGCCUCGUUCUUCCAGAGACAAGGCGUUGACGGCUUUCGCGCAACUAGGCUGUCUCCGCCUGGACGCCAAAAGAUCUGUGGUCACUUUGCUAGGCACUACAAAGCAAUAUAUCAUGGCCGAGGCCACAAAGUCUCUCUCCCUCUUGAGCGACGAGCAGCACGGUGAAGGAGACGAGCUAUGGUUCGGAAAUUCUUUCAUUGAGCGAGAGGGUGGUAUCUCGGCUGAUGCCAUGUAUCCCGACAAAUAUACCGCCUAUGAUCCAGAUGGCUCUUCUUUCACCACCCCGGCCUUGGUCGUCAGCGAUAUCUCAGCUCAUGAGAAUUACAAAACUCGGGGCUACGCCGGUCGUGGCGUUUCGUUCUAUUGCGGUGUGCCAAUCACCACGAAGCUGGGCCACGUCAUUGGCGUGUAUACUGUUACCGACGACAAACCCCGCCAUGGCCUUUCAGCAACUGAACUUCAUUUCCUGCUCGACAUGUCCGUUAUUGUCAUUCAACAUUUAGAAAACGUGAGAAACGACCGAGCCAGAAAGAGGGGUGAACGUCUGAUUUAUGGGAUGGGGGCGUUCAUUGAGGGUGAUAAGGCUGAAGAGAGCUCUGAAGUCGGUUCCAGUCCACAGCACAAUAAGUUCAGUGGCUCCGACUCCAGCCAGAAUGCGAAUGCGCCAUCAGAGAGCACUAAAACCGCGGAGUUUUUGGGCUUAAAAAUCGGCAACGCAAAUGCACCUGCUAAAGACUCCAAACGCAUGGGAGUGCCUGCCACCGAUCGUGCAAAUGGCUUGCCGGGACCGCAAUCUUCAGGCCCCAGUCAGGAAAGCAUCCACAACCAUGGGCUCAGACGUACGCAGGCGACGCAUCCUCCGAAAACAGCCAAGGAAAAGAUAUUGCGCGAAUCUCAGCAGGUGUUUGAUCGUGCUGCAGCUGUGCUCCAAUACUGCCUCGUCUCCGAUGGUGUUGCGUUCCUAAACGCGAGCUCCGCUAACUUGAGUUCAGGUUCGAGCAUCAAAACUUCUGGAUCUGCUGUGUCAAAAGUCCAUCAUGCUCGAUCCAACUCAAAAAGUCACUCCAACCACUGGAACGGAAUACAGCGAUCAGACUCGCAGGAAGGGUUGGCAAAUGAUGACUCCACGACUUCCAGUGAUGAUACCGCAAGUGCACGAAGCAACAGCGACUCCUCCGCUUCCCAGGGCAAAAUACAGAGGUGUGAAGUUCUGGGUCUUUACACGCUUGACCCCAAUCAGUCCAUCAGCAUUGCCGACCAGACCAUGCGCCGUAUGGUCCGACGUCAUCCAAAAGGCAAGUGCUUUACAUUCGACCAGUUCGGCAAACCCACAUCCAGCGACGAGAGCUCCGAGUCUGCAUCUGCUGUCGAUGGUUCCCAAGUGGAUGCUAACCAAUCAUCAAAAGCAGCAAAACACGUUCCCACAACCAAUGCUCUGCUGAAAGCACUCCCCGGCGCAAGAAGCAUUGUCUUUCUGCCUUUAUGGGACUUUGCGAAAGAGCGGUGGCACUCUGCACUGAUAGUCUGGUCAACCGAUACUGGUCGUUUGACCAAUGUUGAAGAUGACAUGGUUUACCUGAAAGCUUUUAGUAAUGCCAUUAUGAAUGAGCUUAACCGCAUCGAUCUAGCACUGUCGGACACUGCCAAGUCAACAUUCCUUGCCAAUAUUUCACACGAGCUGCGCUCGCCUCUCCAUGGUAUUUUGGGAAGUAUUGAGUUCCUUCACGACACUGCCAUGGAUGACUUCCAAUCGUCAAUGGUCAUAAGCGUUGAGACAUGUGGGAAGACACUGUUGGACACAGUUAACCACGUACUUGACUAUGCUAAGAUCCACAAUCUGUCGAAAUCUUACCAUCAGGAUCCAGCUUCCACACAAGGGCAUGCGCAACGAAGCAAACCCGAAACUAACCUUACGGAAGAUUUUGAUAUGGCAGUCGUUGUGGAAGAAGCUGUUGAAGCUGUUUACGCCGGCCAAGUCUUCCGAACCGCAAACGCAGAUGCUCUGGAAGGUAAAUCGCCCGUGCAGACGGCUGCGAGUCGAGCAAUACAGCAACGACUAGAGCGAAGGGCGAACAUCAGCAAAGGCUCCGCUAAAGCAGCAAGUUCAGUCCGCCUUACCUUGAAUAUUGAUGAUCACACAAAUUGGUGGGUCCGAUCUCAACCUGGGGCUGUCAGGCGGAUCGUCAUGAACAUUCUGGGGAACGCAUUAAAAUAUACUAGCAAAGGGAGCAUCAACGUUGGCCUCGGGGUUGACCGCUCUCGGAACAAAGUCAGCUCACAUCUACAUAUGCUACUGAAGAUUGCCGAUACAGGUCGCGGCAUGUCGGAUGAAUUCAUGAAGAAUCACGCCUUUACUGCCUUCUCCCAGGAAGACACGUUGGCAACUGGUACCGGCCUUGGACUCAGCAUCGUCCGACAAAUCGUCGAUUCUCUUGGAGGCAAGAUCGACCUGUCUAGUGAGAAAGACGUCGGCACCGAAGUAAGAAUCUGGCUCAGACUUCCGAAGAGCCAAAAGGAUGUGAAUUCGAUUCCGGAGGCAAAUGUCGUUCCAGACGUGCGCCAGCGCACAAUGGGACGGGAGAUGUGCAUGCUCUUGCCGCAUGAUGAGAAGAACAACGAAUCAGAUGUCCGUUGUCUGGUCCCGAUGCCGACGAUAGAAAGCUCAAUGCGGAAUUUGGUGUCCCAGUGGUUUCGAAUGAAAAUUACCACGACAAAGACCAUGGAUGGUAUCUCACCAGACUUCUUCAUCUACCCCGAGCCGCCGCCUAUUGACUACCUGAUGGACUUUCAUGGCAAACCAGAAACGGAGAGAGAAGUCCCCGUCAUCAUAUUGUGUACGAAUGCCUUCGAAGCUGCGUCCUUGAGGUCGAAUGGUAUACAUUACCUUACGGAUAUUGGUAGAGUCAUUGAGGUGAUUGCGCAACCAUGUGGACCACAGAAACUGGCCAAAGUGCUUCAUCGAUGUAUGCAACGAUUGGAGAUGCUGGAAAGGGACAAUGGAAAAAAGCCUUCGAAGACGGCUGCUCUAUCUUUCGGUCGCGACAGAGAUGCAGAGAAAGGAGAUAUCAGAGCAAAGGGUGAUACUCCAAGGCCGAGCGAUGAACCAACCGAAGGCGACGGACCCAGCCAGGGCGAUGAACCUGCGUCUGCGCCUGUCGGAUAUAGUGCCGAGGAGUUCAAAUCGCCGAAUCUGUCGCAAAAGUCUUCCGGUGAAAACGAACCACAACCUCAGAAUCCCUCAUUGAUAAAGAUGGGCACUUCAGAAGAGGUUGUCACACUUAGUCAAUCAGGUGUCACUGACAGCGCAGCGUUACCCCGAGACCUCGACGCCAAAAAUCCACGGGUCCUAGUCGUCGACGACAAUCACAUCAAUUUACACCUUCUUGUUACUUUCGUUCGCAAGGCUGGCCACCCCUUUGAAUCGGCCAGCGAUGGCUUGAAGGCUCUAGAAGCGUACAAGAAGAGCAUCCGCGAAGAUGGCGGGCGAAAUGCUUUCAAGCACGUUUUCAUGGACAUCUCAAUGCCCGUGAUGAAUGGGAUAGCCUCGGCCAAAGAGAUUCGACGAUUUGAGAAGGAGAACAAGGUUGACCCGCCAGCUAAAAUCAUUGCUUUGACAGGUAUGGGUAGUGAGGUAGCGCAUAACGAGGCGAUACACGCCGGGUUUGAUGAGUUUUUGAGUAAGCCGAUUAAGUUCAAGGACCUGCAGAAACUGCUUGUGUGA